AUGCCACCUCUGCUCUAUCGUCAACAAACUAUGGACAUUGUCCGCAACACGACUGGAAAGCCUUACCGUAUUUUUGUCGCCUGGCCUGAGAACUUGGUUGCGACUGAUGCAUCGCAGGCAAAGAAAGUUUAUCUUCUCGAUGCAAACGCGUACUUCCAAACGGCAGUCGAGACAGUGAUGCGCUCCCGCGUCGUAACGAAGAUCUCACACCCCCCCUCUUCAUCUUACACACCACCCAUAUCCCACGAUGGGACACCGCUACCCGAGACCGUGUAUGGGGGUGCAUCGCACUUCCUCGCUUUCAUACAGACGCAAGUUGUAUCCGUGGUCAAGGAGCUGUUGCAGAAGGAAUGUCCACAUCAUAUAAUCAGACUUCCAGGAGGUCUCGUGGGUCAUUCCUACGGUGGCCUGUUCACGCUAUAUGCUGCUUGCCAGAAGAUCUCUACACUGCCGUUAUUCGACACCUUCUGCCCAAUCAGUCCAUCAAUAUGGUGGAAUGACAAGCGCAUCAUGAAAGAUGUGGAAGAGUGUUGUGCGAGGGAGAGUGAGCCUCUGUACAAGCUGAGAGUGCUAUUUUCGUAUGGGGAGUAUGAGCAAUCACCUCCGCAUGUCGCCGACUCGGACCCACAUGUGGACGAUUGCAACCAGAGACAUGCGCGUCGACGGGCAAUGAAGGAAAAUGUGAGGAAGUACUACAAGCGGUUCCAAGAGAAGGAAGGUACUAUUUUCUCAAGCGCAUGUCCACGAGUUUAAAGGAGAGACGCACGGAACUGUGGCAGGGGCCGGGUUAGUGAGAGCGCUGCAUUUCAUCCUGGAUCCGAAGAACAUUAUCUUCGGAUAAUGGGUUUGUUACUUCCCAAUGAAGAGGCCAGUGCGUCUCUGGGAUGGGGUAGAAGUCCGUAUGUAGUUGUAUAUCAUUGAAUGCUUGACGAGGUUACCAAGGGAACCUUGAGCAACAGUCAAAGUCGACUCCUGACGCCAUUGUUAGUAUGUUCAAGAUUAAUUAGCACAGUGCCAAGGAUUGUUAUC